AUGUCAGUUCUUCAACUUUUAGCCGUUAAAAAACUUAACACAUUUUUAGCCUGUGGUGGCGCCCCUCCCGUAUGUAGCAACUGUUUGGCUUUUAACUUGAAUUGUACUUAUAAUGACACUACCAAAAAAAGGGGGCCUCCUAAAGGUUACAUAGAAGCCAUCGAAUCUCGAUUGUACAAGAUGGAGUCACUUAUGGGUGAAUUGGCUCAUAGUAAUGAUCCACGUGCGGAGGCAAUCUUGGCAGAGUUGAUGAAAGAUGAUUUACAUCCUCUUCAUAAAGCUAGAAAAGUGAAUUAUGCAGCAUGGAGAAACAGACUGUCAUCACUUGAUGAUACAUCUAUAGCGGAUUCUUCAACCAAUGCUAAUACAAAUGAUUAUGAAAUUGGUUAUAUUAAUGAUGCAAUGGGAAUUCUCAGUAUAGACGAGGAAAAUCAAGUUAGUUAUUACGGACGAAGUAGUGGCCUUCAACUUUUAAAACAUAGUGAUCGAUACAAGAAUGGAAUCUUGUCAUUUUCAAAUAAUAUCAACAACGGUCAAACUUCAACAUCAAAUCAAAAAUUGGUACUACAUUCAGAACUUCCUUCUCAAGAAUUAUCCGAUCAUUUGUUAGAACUUUAUUUCAAACAUGUUCAUACAACAUUUCCCAUUAUAUAUAAGCCACGAUUUUUUGAAUUGUUAAAGGAUCACAAAAAUCCGCCAUAUCUUUUGUUGAAUUCUAUAUACACUUUAGCAUCAAAUUUUUCUGAUUGCAUUGAAGUAAGAAAGGAUCGAGAAAACCCAUUAACUGCAGGAGAUGUUUAUUUCGAUCGUGCGAAAGCUUUACUCGACAGUGAUUAUGAUAGAGCCCACAUAACAAACGUUCAAGCGUUGCUUUUAUUAUCUCUUAGAGAAUAUGGAGCUGGUAGAGUCACGAGAUCUUGGAUCUAUACUGGUAUGGCUGCAAGAAUGGCACAAAGUUUAGGUUUGCAUCGUAAUAACGAAAAGUGUUAUCCAAUCACAUUAUCUCAUGGAGAAAAAGAAGAACAAAAACGUGUCUUCUGGGGUUGUUAUGUUCUUGAUAGGAUACCAAGCGUACAUUUUGGACGCCCAUUGGCUAUUGACGAAAAGGAUGUAGACGCUGCGCAUCCAUCGGAAGAUGGAGAUGAUGACUACGAAUCACUUCCAUUUAAAAUGAAACACACAGAAAGUUUAGUGUCAUCACCAAAUUCUACAAAUAAUGACACUUCAACACAAGUUAACAAAGAAUCAAAAGAGCCUAGAGAAUUAUCAAAUUCAGUCAAUAUUAUAUCACGGUUUAAUUGUUUGAUUAGACUUUGUGAAAUAAUGGGACGUAUUCUUCAAAAUGUAUAUGCUAUAAAAUGUAAUCAAGCAUCAGUUAGUGAUUCAGUAAUUUCGAUUCUUGAAUCGUCACUUAAGACCUGGUUUAUAACAUUACCACCACAUUUACAAUAUAAUCCAUUAGAUCAACAUUUGGAUAAUUUGGAUGUAUCAACACUAAGUCUUCAUGUGAUAUAUUAUGAAUCAUUAAUGUUACUUCAUCGACCAUUCGUAGUAGGAAAUAAUUCAUCACAUAAAAUAUUGACUUCAUCAGCAGAAGUCAUUUCUGAAAUCAUUGAUUCGAUGUUUAGACAGAAUACAUUGAAGAAUGCUUUACCCGUUAUAAUUUAUGGUACUUUUAUAACUUCAGUUGUUCAUGCAUGUAAUGCUAAUGAACCUGAUACCACUAUCUCACAAUCAGCAAAGAUGAAUCUUGCAAGGUGCAUAAGAGCAUUAGAGUCUUUAAAAAAUAAUUGGAUAUUAUCACAUAAAUAUAUUAGUUUGAUAAUAGGAUUGGUAGAUUUGAAAGGUUUACAUUUAGAUACAAACCAGGGAUCACCAAGUGAUAGCACAGAAAGUAACCGUAAUUUGAAAAAACGAAAUACUCUUACAAAUAAUCAACCAAAUCCGUUUGAUACCAUGGACCGAUAUGGACGGCAAGCACGAUAUCGUGCUCAUGAAAGCUCUGUAAAAUCACAACCUUUUAAUAACUCAAAUGCCUUACCAACGUUUCAACGACACUCAUCAGUAAUGAGUCAUAACAAUUCAGUAAUAGUUUCAUCGCCAUCAUUUACUUUUAAUCAAACACAACAAUCACAACAACUGCGUCAUAAUUUUCAAGAAUCGUUUAAUAACGAUAAUUCAUUUGGAUUCAGAAAUAUGACAACCACCGCUACAACGUAUUCACAACCUCAAACACAAACACAAACACAAUCUAACGUAAAUAGAUCAGAUCCUUUUGCAGCACAAGGAGUAAUUUCAACAAAUAAUGGAGUUUGUUCCUUGAAUUCAGGAUUUUGGAACCUUCCACAAAGUGCAAAUUUCGAAGAAUGGUCAUCUUAUCUUCACUCACAACAAGUACAACAAAGUGUUACAUUACCUUCUCAACCACCAUCAAUGUCAUUACAACCAUUACUAUUACAUGAUAAUGGAAAUAAUGUUAACGUGUUUACAAAUAAUCAAACAACAUUGAUGUCAGAAUUUGAGAGAGUCGAAAACAACAAUAAAUAUAUGUAA